GGCCGGGCCGGGACGCCGCGCUCCCUCCCUCGCCCGCCCCGGUCCGCGCUGGGCCGUGGCCCCGGGGAAGGCGGGCCUCACCUGCCCGCUCCCGCUGCGCCUCCCAGCCAGCCGGGACACUCCACCCACCGCGCCUACUUGCGCGGCCCCUCCGCGGCGGCCCCAGUCUCUCGCCGGGGCGGCACAGCGGGCGGCGGGCGGAGCUGCCCCCUUCCCUUCCCGCGGCCAUGGCGCGGAGCCUCGCGCUGGCGGCGGCGCGGCUCCUGGCGCUGCUGAUCUGCUUGAGUUAUGGAAAUGGACUCCAUUUUAAGAUUUACAAUCAAAAGGACAAGACUGGCAUGUUGUCUCAUCCUCAAAGUCUUGUCAGACAGAAGCGCGAAUGGACAGUCCCUCCUGCUUUCAUACGAGAGGAAGAAGACAACUCUUACAAGAAUCCAAUUGCUAAAAUACAUUCUGAUCUUGAAGAGACAGGGAUAGUGGUAACUUAUACUAUAUCUGGUCAAGGAGUAACAGAACCCCCUUAUGGAUUAUUUGUUAUCAAUGGAAAGACUGGAGACCUGAACAUAACGGGAAGGGUUGACCGAGAAAAAACUCCAAUGCUGCUUGUCAGAGGUCACGCUCUGGAUAAAACUGGAGCAAAACUGGAAGAACCAAUAGACCUCCCAAUUAAAAUCAUUGAUAUAAACGACAACUUCCCAGUUUUCUCACAUGAAUUUUUUGUUGGUUCAGUUGAAGAAUUAAGUGAAGCAGGUACAAUUGUAAUGAGGAUAAAUGCAACAGAUGCAGAUGAACCAAAUAAUCUAAAUUCCAAAAUUGCUUUCAGAAUCAUUUCCCAAAAUCCUGGUUCUGCAUUCCGUAUGAAUAAAGAUACUGGCGAGGUUCAAGUAGCAACAAUAAACCUUGACAGAGAGACACAUAGUAGCUAUUCUUUGAUGGUGGAAGCAAAAGACAGAGGUGGUGAAUCAGGUGGAAAUGCUGCAACAUGUUCUUUAGAAAUCAAGAUUUUAGAUGUCAAUGACAAUUUUCCUGUUAUCGAAAGUCGCAUGCUUGAAGGAAGCAUUGAAGAAAACAAAGCAAAUGUGGAAAUUAUGCGAAUAAAAGUAUUUGACAAAGAUGAAGAGUUUUCCGAUAACUGGCUGGCAAAAUUUACGUUUGCUUCUGGUAAUGAAGGUGGCUAUUUUCAUAUAGAAACAGAUACCCAAACAAAUGAAGGGAUUUUGACUCUUGUGAAGGAACUAAAUUAUGAAGAAAUGCAAAGCCUAAACUUGGGCAUUGUUGUUACAAAUAAAGCAGAAUUCCAUGAGUCAAUUAGAAAGAGCUAUAAAGCGCAAGCAGUUCCAAUCAAAAUUAAUGUCAUUAAUGUCCAAGAAGGCCCUAAAUUCCCAGGUGGCACAACAAUUAUUAAAGCAAGUGAGACCAUGCGGAAAAACCAGGUUAUUGGACAAUAUCAAGCCUAUGAUGAAGAUACUGGAAAAGUAGCAGAGCGUAUUACGUACAUCAAAGGAAGAGAUUCAGCAAACUGGAUCACGAUAGACUCAGUUACAGGUGAAAUCAAACUUGCAAAAGACCUUGAUUAUGAAUCGGUUCAUGUAGUAAAUGGUACCUACACUGUCACCAUGUUGGGCGUAACUAAAGAUUUUCCUAAGAAAACGGUCACCGGCACAGUCCUUAUUCAAGUUGAAGAUGUGAAUGAUAAUUGUCCAGUUAUUGUGGACCCUGUGCGGACUGUGUGUUCAGAUACAAAAUUAAUUGAUGUUACAGCUGCUGAUUUGGAUAGUUACCCAAAUGGUGCUCCCUUCAGUUUUACUCUCAUUGAGCCAGACAGGACAACAAAAGAUUGGAUGAUUGGAUCCAGAAAUGACACUAGUAUACAGCUGAUCCCGCAAAACCUGAAAACCGGCCAAACUGAAGUUCCGAUCUUAAUACAAGAUUACCAAGGGUUCAGCUGUACCCAGAAACAGUCUCUACAGUUGACUGUUUGUACGUGUUCACGUGACAGCUCUAUACCCGCAUGCGCCGAACAGCAGUCAGCGGGUCUGGGACCUGCAGCAGUUGCACUUAUCAUCUUGGCAUUUUUACUUUUGCUGCUUAUUCCACUAUUACUGCUGUUGUGUCCAUGUCGAUCGCAAGCUAAGGGAUUUGCAGCAAUACCGGACUACAGCGAGGAGAUGUUACGUAACUGGAACAGUGAGGGAGCAGCUCCUGAAGAGAAGGCAUUGCUAAACCUCAUCACACCCACUGCAGCGGGGAGGUCGAGAGCAGUGGCCAGCGGAGCAGCAGCAGCGGCAGCAAUGAAUGCAGAGGAAGCUGUGGCAGGAGGCAGCAAUUCUGCAUCUAAUGUAAGAGAGCAUUGCAACACUGUGACGAGGACCAGUGAAAGAUGGGAAGAGCAAAGGCCUCUCUUUUCUGGUGCUGAUUAUGGAGCCAUGGCAGCUGGAGGGGCUGAAGGCGUGACAGUUGGAGAUGGCAAGACAGUGGUGGCUGGAGGAGGUGUGAUGGUGGGAACUGGAGGAGCCAUGAAUGAAGAAUUUUUAAGAGACUACUUCAGUGAUAAAGCUGUCUCUUUUGCGGAUGAAGAUGAAGCCCAAGCUGCAAAGGAUUGUCUCCUUGUUUAUUCUCAGGGAGAGUCAAGCUCUCCCCAUGGGUCUGUUGGCUGCUGCAGCUUUAUUGAGAGUGAUCUUGAUGACCACUUUCUUGAUGAUUUAGGAGAUAAAUUUAAGACUCUGGCAGAAAUAUGCAUGGGUAGGCAUAUAGACAUGAAAGAUAGUAGCUCCAGGAAUGAAUCAAGUUUCGGUCUUAAUGACGCAAAGCCGCAGUUCUUAGAUCAGCAAAGUACUUUCAUUUCUGAACAGGCCUUUGCCUCAGGCAGUGGCUUGCAGCCAGCCCAGGCAACGCGCAGGGAUAAUGCCAUAGGACCAGACACUGUGUCUCAGGAGGUGGUCACAGAAACAACCUUUGUAUCGAGGUCUGGGCAGCAUGAGGCCAGGCCUGUUUCCAAACCAUACACUGAGAGCAAUGUCACUGUGACAGAAACAUCCUAUCCUGCAGGCCCUCCUGCUGCUGUUUUCCUAGAUCCCCAGUUUAAGGAGAAUGUAGUGGUGACAGAGAGAGUGUUUGCACCUGCUUCAAGCUUGCAGGACAUGGUGGAAAUUCCUGAUUUGCCAGAUGGAAGUAAUGUUGUGGUUACAGAAAGGGUGAUUAAGGCAGAGGGCACUAGGCCAGGGGUGUUAACAGCUCAAGAUCUCCCAGAUUCACAGUACGUUCUCGUGAGAGAGCGAGAAAGGGUGCUUGUGCCCACUUCUGAUCAGGGCUCGCUGAGCUUCCCCAGUUUAUCUGAAGGGCAGAGUGUGGUGGUGACUGAGCGGGUAGUCACACCAGCCCAGGUCUCGGGGACGCAAAGCAGAAACGAGCAGACAGCAGAUGCUGGACCUGGGAGGCAAGAACACGUAUUAAUCACAGACUCCCUGCUCAGCCAGCCAGGUCUAGCCUCAGAGGGGGUUCCUCCUACUGGGUCCACUCUGAGCAAGUCUUCGCGAGUCACAAAAUACAGCACUGUACAGUACACUCGCUCAUAAACGCAGCGAGUCUGGGUCUCUCCCAGGCAACAGUGUUUGGCUUCCUUUAUUUCAGUACACAUUUUGCUUUUGGGCUCUUUAUUGAGCUCUGUACUUCUUUGGAGCCUUAAAAAUGGCAUGGACUGUCUUGUGGUAGUUCCUAUAAAUAAGGAUUAUGACCAAGAGGCUAAAAAAAAAAAAAAAAAAAAAAAUCUGGUGUUAUGUAACACUUGAAAUGGUGCUUUCAAAGUGGAAAGGUGCAGAAAAUAUUUUUUCCUUGUUUGCUAGGUUUGCAAUUGCUUUUAUUAUUCAGUUAGUAUAACAACACAUAACUACAGCUACAUAAUCAUGGAAAAGCAGAAAAAUAUCAGAAAUCUUGCGAUGGAUGGUAGGGUACAAAGCACAAGUUAAGUUUCUGAACUGUUGCUUAGUAUGUCUGAUCAGAUCUCCCUCAAAGAGGCAUCAGUUCCUCAUUCUGUGAUUUCCCAUUUUUUCCCUUGUGGGCCAGGGCAGCUCCCCCAAAGCUGCAGCUCCAGAGCACCAGGCUUUAGCUAAUUUACAAUGAAAUCCCUCCUUCCUGAGAAGGCCAGUCACCAAAAUCCUCGUGUCCCCUGGGCGGCAGUGUGUUCCUCUUCUGGAGGGAUGUCACAGCAGUGUGUUCCUCUUCUGGAGUGAUGUCACAGCUUCAGGUUAUCAGCAUUUGUGUCUUCUGAGUCAUUAAUUGCAUGUUGGCACAUGGGUUAAAGAAAGUGAGUAGCAAAAAUGCAAAGAACUCAACUUGUUCAGUAUCUCUCAACAUAAAAAUUUCAUUACUUGGCAUGGGUCUAGACUGACAAUGCAUGGAAAAAUAAGCAUUUGUAUCAUAUAGAUUUUCACUGACUUCUAACUAAUCACUUAAUGCAUGAGAAGCAGCCAAAACGUAAUUUAGCUUUAGAGCCAGAGAUUCAGUGGCUUCUGUUAGCAAAGUUUAUGGCCCUUAGACAUCUGUUGGGUCUGAUUUACAAGUGCAAUUAAGUGAUUUUUAUUGCAUCUGUGAACUCUCAAGCACAGAAAUGACGGUGCAGCCUAACAUGUAUUUUUGAAGUUCUGUUGGCUCCAGUAUCAGAAGUCCUGUGGCCUGUGUAGUGCUGUGUAAUGGUAGCCUCUGUUAGCUCUGACAAGAAAACAGAAAUCUUACUGUAAUUCUGAAACACUUAGAAUUUUUUUUCCUUGAAACAUAUGUGGUAAAAGGGGAAAAGAGUAUUGUAAUAUUUGGCACUAUGUAUAUAUGCACAUGUGAAUAUUUAUUUGUAUGCAGUUUGAAACAUUUAAGGUGAGCUUUUUUUAUAAAAGAAAAUAUAAACCACUGUAAUACACUCCUCAUGGUUUGCUGGAGUAGAAAGAAGUAUUUUAGAUUAUGUAUUAGCACUGUAAAUGUUGACCUCAUACCUGUAAUACCAGUAUGCUAGUCAUGGUAGUGUUAAACGUAUGCACAUGCAGGGCUUCCUGGCUGUCUCCAUUUCUGCUGGACUUUUCAUGCAGCUGCAGUGUUAUGUUUUCCAUUGAUAUGUUUUGCCUUUGACUAGAAAUGCUUUCAGUGUAUUUUAUUUGAGGAAGAAGAAGAUAGAAGUUGAUUCAUAAACACAAGAAAGAACUGUGGCUAUGUUCAGCAGGGUGUAUGUAAGCACGGGCUGUUAUUUUAAGGGGAAGAGUACUUCCAAGCAAAUCAAACUGCUCACUUGUUCAGUCCUGUUGGUUAUUUAUCUCUUAAACUCUGGUUUUAAAGUACAUGUAUUUACUUUUAAGAAUCAUGCAGUUUUAAGUGGUGAACACUUUUUUCCUGCAGUUAGAGUAUUUCAGACUUUUUAAUUGAUUAUUUCUGUAUUUUUAUGCAAUCUUAAAUAAAAAUUCUACAACAA